AUGUCCGGCGUCAGCAAUGAAGAGGUGAUGUCUAAUGAAGCUUCCCCUGAGAACAAUGAUUUCGUGCUGAAGCCGGAUAAAUUCGCUUUUGUCAAUGCCAAAGGCCUGUUGCAGAAAUGUAACAAAGACGGUUUUAAUAUUUAUGACCAUUUGGUUCAAAUUCUGUGCAGCAUUUUGAAAGACACUCGUGGUGACUCACUUGUAGAGCUAGAGAACCUUAGUCGUAAAAUCAAAAGAUACAAAUGUUCAGCGGAUUUGCAUUUGUUGCGAGCUGCCAAAGAAGUUUCUGAUGAAAUUAACUUAGCAUUACUUCGUCGACCAUACUUUUCAGUAGCCCUUAAAGGAUCGAGAGAACCUAAAGUCUUACCAGAUUUAUCCAAGCUUUUCUUUGCAUUGGAUCAAGCUGGCCUAGGCUUUCCUCAGGAAGAGGUUGUCAACCUUUCAUUAUCAAUCCGGUCGUUUGUGAUAAAAAGUUCUCCAACAUUUGUCAGGUUUUGGGGCAAGUACUUUGGAACUUUCCGGAAUUACUAUAUUUUGGAGGUAGAAGAAGUGGAGCAUGCUGAUAAGAAAAUUUUUCCAUCUAAAACUCUCCCUAAUUUGAAGGAUAAUGAAAGCACGGGGAGAUCAGAUGUAGAAAUCGGUGAGAGGUUGGCAGUUCUUGAUAUGGAUCCUCUUCCGAAAUCUGAAUGGAAACCACAACCACCAGUGCCACCAGAAGAGCAUGGGAAGGGCACUAACAGAAAAACAUACUACGUAUGCAACAUUUUGGGAGAUAACUGGAUCAAAUUACCUGAUGUUACACCAGAGCAAAUUGUCAAUAGCCGUAUGAUCAAAUACUUUUGUACAGGAGAUUUAGAAGCCGAACUCAAUACAUUUCCAACAUUUCCAGGCGUUGAAAAACAUUUUCUUCGAGCACAAAUAGCACGAAUCUCUGCAUCAACUAUUAUUUCUCCAAUUAAUUAUUAUCAAUUUAAUGAAGAUGAAGAAGAACAAAUGGAAGAAGAUGCUUUACGCGAGAAUUUUAUCAAGAAUCCUGAAUAUGAACCAAUGACUAUAUAUGAUUUAACUGAUCCUACAUUAACUAAUUGGGUUCAUCAUACAGCUUAUAUAUUACCACAAGGUCGAACUGUUUGGUUAAACACAGCAAUCAAGACAAAAGAUGACCUAGAGGAUGAAAUGUCUGAAGAUGAAGAAGAAGAAGAGCCUGAUGAACCGGAACCAGAGACAGGACCUCCACUGUUAACCCCACUAUCGGAAGAUGCAGAAAUUGGUGGUGGUAUUCCACCAUGGUCGACUCGUAUUACUUCACAUUUAAUACCUCACUAUGCAUAUGCUGUAUUAUCAUCGAAUAUUUGGCCUGGUGCACAUGCAUUAGCACAAGGCAGAUUCUUUGAAAAUAUCUACAUUGGUUGGGGAUUAAAAUAUACUGGGAUGAAUUUUAAUCCUCAACUCAUGUCUAAGCCAUUUGAAGAAUUUCCAUCAGGAUUAGAAAUAACAGAGGUUGAUGAUCCAACACCUGAAGAAGAGGCAGCUUGGAGAGCUGCACAAGCUGAAGCAGCUCAACGUCGAAAUGAAGGUCAAGAAGAGGAAGAAGAAGAGGAGGCAGAAGAAGAAGGAGACAGUGAUGGCGGUGAUGAUGACGAUAAUGAUGAUUGA